AUGCACGCUCACCCUCCCCUCUAUCUCUCCCCAACAGACAGUGAAAGCACCGCUUUGCUAUCCACCAAAUCAACUCCCUCAGCUGGCUGUGCUGCUGUACUUCCUCCUUCCUCUCCCUUUCCUCUGAUGCCAGUCGUCGAGAAGAGUAGUCGAGAGGGUCGGUUGCAAAAGCGAUCAGGAGAAAAGGAAAAACACCGAGUCUCUCCCUCAAAAAGUGGCGGCGGUGCUGCGAAGCGUCCGCGUCGCUCGCGUUCUGCAUCGUCCUCCUCGGGAUCGUCAUCUUCUGGUUCCAGCUCUUCAGAUUCGCGGAGUAGCUCAACGGGGAGCAGUUCCAGCAGUGGAAGCAGCUCUAGUGGAAGCAGUUCUAGUAGUAGAAGCAGCAGCAGCAGCAGAAGUUCUGCCUCGCCACGUGCUGCUUCGCAAAAGCGGAGUAGGCCUUCGGAUAGCAGAACAAAGAGAAAGGAGACCGUUCCAGUCAAGUCUAGAGACGAGAAGGAGGCGCUAAGGAAGGGAUCUCCCUCCUCCCAUCCCCGCACCGGAAGGAACGGGCGUGAUGAGAGAACACGUUCUAACAGGCGAUCACCAUCACCACGCUCCAAAGCGAGCAGAACGCGUGUCAGUUCUCGCGGCAAGGAGGAGAAAUACAUUGGUAGAAGGGCCUCACCAUCGCCGCGUCGUGCACCUGAGAAGAAGUCUGUCGGGGGUGGUGACACAAGCAGUGCAACUCGUGCUUCUGAGGAAAAGACUACUUCCCGAAAAAGGUCACAGUCGCCUCGUCGUCUAUCGGAAAAAAAGACGAGUAUCCCUGAAAGCUCGUCGUCUCGUGCUAAGGAUGAUAAACCCCCAGCAUUAACAAAACCCUCUUCGCCUCAUCGUUCUUCGGAGCAGACGAGGCGAGCCGGCGAGGAGAAGUUGACGACGACCACAGCUGACACCAAGCCACCGGCAGCGAAAUCUGCUACCGAAGAGCCGUCCAAGAAGAUCUCCACAGAGGCUGUGGAACAAAAGGAGACGACUCAGACGACUGUCAACAAGACAGGGAAGCUGGAGAGUCGGGAAUCAAACGUUAUCAGUGAGAAGCAACCACAGCAACAUCAUGAUGGAGAAUUAAGGAAAGAGACUGCGAAGGAAGGGGAGAAAUUGGCAGCUGCUAAGGAGACAAAGAGGGUGGCGGAGGUGGAGACGUCGAGAGAGAGGGAAGAGAGCAAUUCAAAAUUGGCUGGCCUCUCUUUGCCCGAAUUCACUCGUGUAAUGGUUACGAAGCUCUCCAGGAAUGUCACUCAGGCGCACAUCUCGGAGAUCUUCUCAACCUGGGGCCAAGUGAAGGCAGUGGAGAUGCCCUCAGACCAUAUGCACCCCGAGUUCCAUCGGGGCUUCGCUUACAUAGACUUCACCAGCCCGCAGGCAGCCUCUGACGCAGUGAAUUACAUGAACGGGGGCCAGAUCGACGGCCAGGAGGUGAACGUAACCGAGGUUCUGCCACCGCCGUCAACCCAGCAUACCACUUCACGCUCGGGCAGACAACUCUCGCCUCUCGGCUCUCGCGACACCAGGCGCCGUCACCAUCAGACCUCCCCUCCAACAAGUCGGCGUUCCGGUCACGAGGAUGCAGUGCUGCGCUCACGCGACGGUGGCGGUGGUGAUCGCCAUCAUCGUGGUGACGAUGGUGAUCGCACGCGUCGCCAACGCGGCCAUUCGCCCUCACCACCCCCGCGCUCCUCCCGCGCCACCGCCGGCAGCCCAUUCUCUUCUCGCCCUGCUGCUGCUACCGGUCGCGGCGGUGGCGGCGGUGGUAGCAACCGUUCUCCACCCGGCGCUGCUGCCUCCUCACGCUAUCGUCGGCCCAGCCCGCCGGCGAGACGUGAGAGACGCUCAAGAAGUCCGUUGACUUCAAACACACGACCUAUCAAUACAGCGUCUCGAAGUGGUGGCGGUGGUGGUGGUGAUGGAAAGCCAAGCGACAGUGGAGUGGGUGAUUCCGCUCCAAAAGAAUCGACUGGAAAGCAGUCGCAGCGUGCGCCGAGCCGUGGGAAGCAACCGGUCAGUGGUGGAGCCUCUCGAAAGCGCUUCCCCUCCUCUAGCUCCUCUUCGUCUUCCUCCACCUCCUCUUCGUCGUCGUCUUCAGCAGAAAGCAGUUCAAGAUCGUCUUCAUCAUCCAGCUCGGCAUCCUCUUCGUCACGUCGUCGUCGUCGUCAUCGGCCACGCCCUCGAUCGCCAUCAGUAAUCAAGUGUGGUGCACGGCUGUACAGUGACGCCGGCGAAGCCAAUGGCACCUCUGCGUUUCGGUCAGGGAAGACUACUUGCCCCCGCACGUGUGUUUAA